AUGAAAAGGUGCGUAUUGUGUAAAGGAAUGGCUCGGAUAUACUGUGAGUCGGACCAGGCGAGUUUGUGCUGGGACUGCGACGCGAAGGUGCACUCAGCGAACUUCCUGGUGGCUAGGCACUCGAGGAAUCUGCUUUGUCACGUAUGUCAGUCGCCGAUGCCGUGGUCCGCCUCCGGUUCGAAACUGACUCCCACAGUUUCUGUGUGUGAAAAGUGUGUCAACGGAACAGUCACGACGGAAGAGGAAGAAGAAGAGGAUGACGAAAGCAAUGUGGAAAACGAAGAUGAAACUGAGGAUGAAGAGGAGGAGGAGGAGAAUCAGGUAGUUCCGUGGUCAACCACUUCACCGCCGCCGGUGAGUUCUUCAAGUAGCGAAGGUUCGAUAAUCGGCGAAAGAGAGGUUCGAAUGAAGAGAACGCGUGAGGAAAUUUCAAAUGAAGAUCACGGCUGCUCGUCGUCUCAACCACAAGUGCAUACACCGCCGUAUGCCACCGCAGUGAUGGUGGCGGAAGAAGUUGAGCCUUUGCCGGCGCCAACAAAGAUCCGGAAAACCGUGGCUGAUCAAACGGAUCGGGUAGGGUUAUCUGAAUCGGGUAUUUUGGAAUCCUUAAGGAGAUUUCACCGGGAAGAGAUGGUAUCAGUUGCAACAGAGUUCGGCCGCGACACCAUGACGGUUGAUUACGACUCCUGCGACUCUUCUUAA